GAAGGAACAAGCGGAAGUUAAUGUACAGUUUACUAGCUGUUCCGAAUUAACCCUCAACCCAUUUCUUCCAUCGUUUUCUUUUCGUUGGGUUUCCAGCAAAAGCAACAAUGUCCGAAAGAAAAGUGUUAAAUAAAUACUAUCCUCCGGAUUUCGAUCCGUCCAAAAUCCCAAAGCUGAAACUCCCCAAAGAUCGACAGUAUGUGGUCAGAUUGAUGGCUCCUUUCAAUAUGAGAUGUAAAACAUGUGGCGAAUACAUCUACAAAGGGAAGAAGUUCAAUGCACGUAAAGAAACUGUUCAGAAUGAGCUGUACAUGGGACUGCCCAUCUUCCGUUUCUACAUCAAAUGUACUCGAUGUCUUGCUGAGAUUACGUUUAAGACAGACCCAGAGAACACAGACUAUGCAAUGGAGCAUGGUGCCACACGAAACUUUCAGGCUGAGAAACUCAUUGAGGAAGAGGAGAAGAGAAUUCAGCAGGAGAGAGAAGAGGAGGAACUGAACAACCCCAUGAAGGUGUUGGAAAACCGCACAAAGGAUUCCAAGAUGGAGAUGGAGGUUUUGGAGAACCUCCAGGAGCUGAAGGAGCUUAACCAGAGGCAGGCUCUGGUAGACUUCGAGGGGAUGAUUGAGCAGUACAGAGAAAUGGAGAAAAGAGAGAAGGAACGGGAGAAAGAGGAGGAUGAGCGAGAGACAAACGAGAUGUUGGAGCGCGCCCUCAUAAAAAGACUAAGGGACUCUGACUCUGAUUCAGAGAAAGAGGAGGAGAGCAGCAGCUCACACUCAGACAGGUCCAGCACAGACAAACCAACAGACAUCCUCACAACUGACAAACCCACAGAGACACAGGGAGCCACAGCUGGAGGAGUGAAGAGGGCCAAGACGGAGAGCUGGGAGAGGAGUGUGGGGACGCUGGGUGGUGGAAGAGCACUAGGGUCUCUGGUGGUGCGAAAGAAACCAACAGCAGCUGUCAGCACACCCAGUCCAGUGGCAGCCACUUCACAGACAGAUUCAAAGGCAUCACAGGCGGCAGACUCCACAAAUGCUUCGAAGCCCGUUACCGCACCAAGUGGGUCAUCAUCUCUCAGCCUGCUGGGGGCGUACUCAGACAGUGACAGCAAUGACAGCGAAUGAGAGGCAGAAGACUUUAGUGACUGACACACAGUUGUAUGAAUGAUGCAGAAAAGAAUGUAAUGAUGUGGACUUUUUUGUAAUUCUCUACAGAAAUCAAAAAUCAUGUGUAAACCACUUCGUGGGUUCUCUCUAUGAAAACCUUUCUGUAAAGAAAUGACUGAUGAGAAGCCAUUGUGUUGGUGGACAGUCGUUAGCAGGAACUGUACUGUCUGCUGUCCAAAUCCAUCUUCCUUAGCAGAUCCACUGGUUCAUGGAUCUGUUGUUACAGAGAAUUUAACCCAGAGAAAAAGGGUAAUUUUUGUGAAACAAAUUUGUGCUAUUUUAGUGUUUAUUAAAGUCUGUUUAACU